AUGUCAUCAAAGAUGCUGACUCGUCUCAAGGCUGCAUUUGUCGGCAUCAUUGCAGACAAUGAUGAGCAAUCCAUCAAGGAAGUUCUGCGUCCUCUCCUGGGCAACGCCGUGGACACUAGUCCCAACAUCACGGUCAACGUUGUGUAUGCGCGCAUUUUUGGGAUCCAUUGCCUAGAUCACCAAUUGGCCUGGGCAGAGGCGCAUGAGGACUUGACCAGAUGGGCCAGCGCUAGAGCUGGUGUACACAGCAAUGGGCAGAGCGCAUGCAGACUGCGCAAGUACGGGCAAGGUGCCAGGUCUCAGCUAGUCUAUGUUGGCCUGACUACAGACACAGCAAUGGGCAGAGCGCAUGCAGACUGCGCUAGAGCUUGCGACCCCGCCCAGCCCCAGUCAUAUUUAAAAUUCCUCUUGCAGGCCAAAAAGGUUCGUGCGGUGGACACGCAAGUCAUCAACCUCUUUGUGCUCCCUAAACACCUCAGCUCGGAGGAAUUGCACACCCUGGAGCACAUGGUCAUCAAGACCUACGGGGUGAUGCGGCUUGCAAACACCUCGCCUGGGUCUGCAGCCACUCGAAGACUAGAAGCUGGCCAACGUCCAGAUUGGAUGGGUGCUGAUCUGUUGCUCUUGGAAGAGAUGGACUUUGCCUCUUGGGACAUGCCCAGUGGCUUGCAUGUCCUCUCACCAGUGUCCACGGAUCCAGCCCUCCUUCUGACACUGACUAGGACGCAAAUCAGCAUCCAAGUUGGGGCUGAAAUGGUCACCAAGUCGCUCAUGUGGCUAGCUGAUCUGGGCCUUCAUCACGUCACGUUGCGGGUGGAGUCACUGCAAUUGGCCAGCGUUGAAGACUUGGGAGAGUGGCUUGCAGAAGCACUAAGAUAUCGGACAGCCAUUCACAUCGUUGGAGGGGAGGACUUUGCCAACUUUAGACGCUUCAUCACCGCAGCUGGCUGCACCCUUUGCACCCACGCAAGUUUUGCACAUCUAGGCAGAACAAUCUCUGCAGCCUUGCCAGUCGGGUAUGCAACGCAUCCCUUGAAUGCUGUGCCAGACAUUCUCUUUGUCUGUGGUCUGUGCACCUGGCCAGUCUCAAUUGUCACUAGUCUUUCCCUCUUGGUACCCAUUGGGCACUUGCCCACAAAGAUGGAGCACCAAGAGCACAAGAACUUGACCCUUCCCUUUGUCCUGCGCUGUGCGCUCGAUGGUCCUGCUGGUCAGAAUAUCAAUGGCCGCUUACAGUUCCACUUCAAUGACAACGGCACCAGCAGUCUGGAUGCUAGUCAAGAUUUAAAUCAGUCUUACAAACUUGGCCUAAUAGUCGACUUUCAGGCAGCAGCUCAAACGACCCUCUGA